AUGGCAGACGGGUCCGUCCUGCACCUGGUACCCUGCACUAUCAACAGCCCAGCUAACAAGACCAGCUCGCUCGCCUCCGCCGUCGCAAUCCCCGAACAAGAAACCGCCCUUCCCUCACCAGACGCGCCCCCAAAACGGCGCAACUCCUCCCUCACCGACGCCCCCUCCCCCGACAGCAAACGCCGCCGCCUCAGCACGCACGACGACCACCCACCGCAACCCGCACACUCCCCGGACCGGCCACCCGCCAACGCAGACGCAGACGCAGACACCGACCGACGGAGUCGCCCCGCGGGCCGGCGCGAAGAGGAUCGCAAACGCGGACGACGGCUCUUCGGCGCGCUCCUGGGCACGCUGUCCCAGAGCUCGAGCAGCGCGGCGCAGAAGCGACGCGCGGACAUCGAACGCCGACAGCAGGAUAAGCUCAAGCUGCAGGACGAGGAAUACGAUGAGUUGAAGCGCAAGCGGCGCGAGGAGCGCGCAGUCGUGCGGAGGCGCGAACAGCGGGUCUACGAGGCGGAAGCGAUGCGCACGCGGCAUGCGAAUCUGCGGGCGACGGCCCACUUUCUGAAGACGCAGGCGGAGCCGGUAUUACUGCGGCCUGCAGACGAAGAUACCAUUCGAGACCAGAUUGAAGAGGCGGAGGCUACCAUUGCCCGCGAGACGGCCGAAUUCGAGGCGAGAUACCCCCCGCAGGACGAGAAAACGCAGGACGUGACGGAGGCGGUGCCGCGCCCUGAUAACGAUGCUAAAGAGGCUCCGGAUGGCGCUGGGGCGGCGGACGAAGUGGCUGAUUCUAAUGGGCAUGAGAGAGGCGAAGGGGUCAAGACGGAUGAUGCGCCUGCUGGCGAGUACCAACAUGCUGGUGCGCCACCGGACCAGACGGAUCAUCGCGGAGCGGACGAUGAUGGUGGAGAGGUCGUGGAGGACCAGGAGGAUACGGUGGAGUAUUGA